CAAAGGAAGUUGAGUGAAAGUCUGACGUUAGUUUGAAAAUUUAUCAAAAACAAACGAAGUAAAAUGUAACGAAUUUAGUUCUUCACUGUAGAUUAGUUUUAAAAGGUUUUAAAGUGAUGUUUUUAUGUACCCUCAAACUAAAUGAGACACUUUUAUCUAUAAAUAACAAGUGACAUCACAACGGAAGGGCGAAAGGAAAUGGACCGUUGCGGGCUGCAUUAUUAUCAUCGCCGAUGAAUUAACUUAUAAGACUUCAGUUUUCGAUUUCCUAGCCAUGGCUAAGACGUAUCGAGAGUUGUUUAAACUUUACGAUUUAAUACAAUCGGGGGAUGCUCGAUCUGUGGAUAAGUUUUUGACGGAGUCUUCCCUAGACAUAAACUCUAUUUUACCUUGUAAAGGUAUUGGAGUCUUACAUUUAGCAGUCGGCGUCGAACCUCCUGAGAAAUCUAAAGAAUGCACCGAAAUUUUGCUGAAGUAUGGAGGGGAUCCCAAUUUGAGCACCGACGACGGUAUAACCCCGGUCCACAUCGCAGCCAUAUGGGGCCGGUGCGACAACAUCAAGCUCCUCAUCGGCUGCGGCGGCGACCCGGCGCGGCGCGACCUCGACGGCCACUCGGCCUUCGACUACGCGGCUCGCGAGCAGCAGUGGGAGGUCUAUGACUACCUGCAUAAUGUGGUGGACCAGUUAGAUGACUCUAUAGGGUCGAAGUGCGCGUAUUAUUUGGAUUUAGAAAGAGUACUAGUGACGACGGACCAAAUGGUCGCAGAAUACGGGCCGGCUCCCGACGACCAGCCCACAAACAACUACAGGAAGUCAGAGAUGGUCCGCAACUGGUGUGACAAGACCACCCUGGUCAUGAACAAACUGUACCCGACGAUCCUCGGGGAAACCUUCCUAAUAGAUGACGAGUCCGGACCGUGGAAAAGCAGCGAAUUCACUUUUGAUAUAACCAGUGACCUUUCCAGUGAUAAUAGGGGUGCAAAUGACACAAAUACCACAUACAAAACUUGCUUGACGAGAAAGCCUUCGCCUGAAGAAAUUAGUAUUAGUGGAAUACAGCCUUUGGAAGAAACAAAGUAUAGUGCUUCAAGCAACGACAGCACUGCCGACGUCCACAAGCAGAGAUUGAGUGUUUAUGAGAAUUUCUCACUACCAGGCUCACCAACAAACUUGACACACAGGAAUUACAACUCUAAAACCACUCUGAAGAAGACCAAGAAAACCUCCAACGACGCUCCAUUCUCCAUUAGCGCCGAAUUGAGAGAGAAACUCACAUUUACCGAAGAGUCUUUACUGACUGAUGACAAUUCAGUUCAAAUAAACUUGGACAAGGUGAUGGCAGUUCACCAGAACAGGACAAACGAGUGGUUAUCCUCAAGCGGGAGUCGAAGCGAGCAUCAGGUCUCUACUGUGAUUAAAGCAUCGAAUACCAGGAGAUCAUCAGCGAGUAGCGGUGUCAGUAGCAACUUCUCCGGGGGAAGUAUAGCCGUGGCGACUGUAGAAGAGGAAUACAAGUAUGAGGAUAAAGAGGAGGAUGUUGUGUUGAUAGAGAAGAGACUCCUUGUUUCUCCUGUUGUCCUACCAGUAGAAGAGCAAUACGACUCAUCCAACGCAGACCAGACAGCCAUCUCAGUGGCCUCCUCACUACCUUCCUCCGUGGAGUAUGACAACAACACGCUCCGGGCUGAGCUGGUGAAGCGAGGGUUCCGCCCCGGACCCAUCGACCAGAGCACCCGCACCCUGUACCUGAAGAAACUGAAGGCUCUGAAAAAGAACCCCAUUGUAGCUGCGAAUAAUCAACACGGAAAAGCGUACAGUAUAGAACUCGAAAAGUCUCUUCGCAACCCAACAUGGAUGCAAGACCUAUCUCCGUACAUAGAACUAGAAACAAAGGCACGCGCAGACUUCGCCAACCCGAGUAAGAAAUGGCGGGAAGGGACGGCAAAGACUUCGUUUACGUAUUUACUGCUGGACCCGCGUCUUACGGACAACCUUCCGAGUAAGGCCGGCAAGCAGAGCACGCAUGCGUCCUGGAUCGCAUUUGUCAACUCCAUAUUCUAUGUGGGGAAAGGUAAGAGAUCGCGCCCCUACUCCCACCUGUACCAAGCGCUGACGCUGUGGAAGCGAGAUUUCACCUCUUCCAAAGACAAGAAAGUCCAACACAUCCUCGAUAUAUGGAAGGAUAAAGUGGGAGUGGUUUGUCUGCACAUCUACCAAAACGUUAUACCAGCAGAGGCCUACACGUAUGAGGCCGCCAUGAUAGAUGUAAUUGGCGUUCCAAAUUUGAAAAAUUUAAAAAGUGGAAACUAUUAUGGCGUCGCCGCGUCCUGGCCACUGAAAGAAAGAAGAAUGUUUGGUUUGUACCUCCUUUAUAAAGCGAUGUUGAUAUUUAUUAGUGAGGGCGAGAGGCAGUUGCGGCCUGACGAUAUAGACUGAUAAUGAUAAAUUAGGAUUUUUACCUGUCUGAGAUGACGUAAGUUGUGAUUUUAUAGCGUAAUAUUUUUUUGACCGUCUAUAAAUUAAAUUAGGUUCAUAAUUUUAUAAAUUAUUA